GCCGCGAGGCGUGCAGGGUGAUCCGCUUGAGAAAGAGCGGGAAGACGCCAGAGCAAUGAUGAUCCAUCCAGCCUAACCCGCGCGCAACAAGAGGCCGUCGACGGGUCAAAGGACCAUCACCUGCGAGGCAGAUUGUACUGGGCCAUAGCGCGUGGACGAGUUACUAGGCAUCUAUGAAUUUGGGAAGCGCCCAAAGUUUAAUAUCAGUUGAUCGUGCUUCAUCUUAUCCCCGCAAUCGUCACUAUCCUUGACUAUGUGAGAGGUUAGGGUGAUGAUGGCGGUGACGUACAUAGACUGCAUCUUCUUAUACAACCGGCAUCCAUUAUCUCGCAUGCUAGUUGGCCCACAGACGGACUCCUAAGAGGUGAAAUGAACGAAUCGAUUCGGGUCCACCGUCUUAUCGAAGUAAUACCAGUGCAACAAACUGGUGCGCGAAGACUCACCUCUAUUCCGACUACAAGACACCUGGCAAGUGGUCUUGUGAUAGACAUGCGACUCGGAUGGCGAGGUUUCAUGACCUGGAAGCAAGCUCAAUGUCGCCUCUUUGCGUUAGGACAUCGUCCAGCGCCGAAAUAUCAGCGCAAUGUCGGAACAUUGAGGAGUAAGACAUAUCAGGUUUGAAUGUCGAGCGAAAGCUCUCGAAUCCCAGACAGAGAGUACAGUCAGCAUGAAAGCGCUAUUGGUGUGGCAAGGAAGAG